UUCAGGAAUCAUUUCUUAAAAAAAAAAAAAAUUGUACACAGCAUCGAAAUGGCGGCUUGUCCUCGGUGGUGUGCUACGUCGAGCUCAUUUAGAAACUAGAAAAUACCCCAUAAGGACCCAAGCUCCGACACUCGUGGCACACACUGUUGACAAUCUGAGGCAUCUUUUUAUUGGCAUUUACUUCUCUUUAAUUUGGAAAAUUGUAACUGAAGUUUUUUAUACAAACUUAUACUUUAGUCGUGGGUAUAAAGAAGAAAAAUAGAACUUACUGACAAUUAGAGAGCUUGAUAAACAACAACAAAAAAAGAACUUCACAGAACCUUGCCAUCAUUUUCCAAGAUCAAAUUUUAUUUAUUAGUGUAUUGGCUAACUGUAAUUUCAAGCAACCAUGUCAAGCCCUCAGUGGAAGAAUUUCCAGCCGCCAUCACAACCCAGUACCACACCUUCCUACCAGCGCUCUCCUUCUUUCAGUAAGACUGCCAACAAUCAAGAUAACAGCAACAUGUCUAGCUCUACUUGUAGCUCAUCAUCAAGUGGCCUUCGUGAGGCUGGAAUCGUGGAAAAGCUUUUGCAUUCUUAUGGAUUCAUUCAGUGCUCUGAGAGACAAGCAAGACUAUUUUUUCAUUUCAGUCAAUUUUCUGGUAAAAUUGAACACCUAAAAAUAGGAGACUCUGUUGAGUAUGAAAUGACAUAUGAUCGAAGAACUGGGAAACCCAUUGCCAGUUCAGUUACAAAAAUCUCAUCUGAAGCAUUGUCUCAUGAAGUUUUAAGUGAUUACAGAGUUUCUGGCUUUGUGACAACAGAAAUUAGUGAUGGUUCUGAGGGCCGUGUGGCAUAUGAGAAUCGAGGUGAAUGUUUUUUCCUUCCGUACACAAAGGACGACCUUGAGUAUUCCAACCAACACCUAAAAGCAAAAGAUAAGGUUGCUUUUCAUAUAGCAACUGACAAAAAAUCUGGAAAUCUUCGUGCAAGAAAAGUUAGAUUAGAAAAAGCACAACCAGUGAGAUAUCAGGGGGUAGUAUGUGCUUUGAAGGAAACCUUUGGAUUUAUAGAAAGAGCUGACGUAGUCAAAGAGAUAUUUUUUCACUCAAGUGAAUGUAAAGAAUUCCGAAAUUUAGAUCUGGGAGCUGAUGUAGAAUUCAGCAUACAGACCAGGAAUAAUAAAGAGGUGGCAGUGAAUGUCACUUGUCUGCCCUCAGGAACUGUUGUUUUUGAGGACAUUGAUUCAGAAGAAACCAUUGGCCGAGUAAUUGACCCCAUUGAUCGUUGCCAAGGUAGGCAACAAAAUGACCCAUUAUCUGGUAAAAUUCAGUAUCAUUUUGGGGGAAGUGAUGUGGAUCUUCCUUUUGGUGAUAAAGACCCACUAGGGGAUUUCACCUUACAAAGAGGUGACUGGGUUCGUUUCAAAGUUGCUACUGAUCGACGAGACAAUCUUCAACGUGCCACCAAUAUUGAAAUUCUUGAUGAGAGUUUCCUAGUUUCAGGUGAACAGAGAGAACAAGGAAUCAUAUCAAACCUGAAAGAGUCUUUUGGAUUUAUCAAGUGUGCCAACAGGGAUUCUUGUGUUUAUUUCCGAUUUUCUGAACUUUUGAAUCCAGACAAUCCAGUCCAAGUUCAGGAUGAAGUAGAGUUCACCGUAACCAAGGACCCUGUUUCAUCAGGCCGUUCACAUGCCAUCAGAAUUAAACAACUUCCCUCUGGAACUGUUUGUUUAAACUCUUUAGAGGGAAAUUCAGGGACUGGACAAAGCAUUGGAAUUGUGGAAAAGACACCUUCCAAUCAAUGGUCUUCAAAGAGUCCAAGUAAAGGGGAUUCUGUGCCAAGCUGUACUAAUGGCAUCAUUUCCUUUUACAAAAAUGGUGAAAAAGAAAUAAUUCAUUACCAACUAAAGGAUUGUGACAGUCAGAACCAGCCUAGAUCAGGGGAUAAAGUGGAAUUUACUAUUAACACAUCAAAAGUCAACAACCAGAAAAUUGCUAAUGAUGUCAAAGUUGUCAGUCGACAAGUAAAAAAUGGUUUUCGGUAUGCACAUCGUGGAUUUAUAGCAGCACUGAAAGACAGUUUUGGAUUUAUAGAAACUGAGGACCAUAAAAGUGAAGUUUUUUUUCAUUUCAGUGUUUUUGAUGGUAAUCCCUCUCAUUUGGAACUGGGACAAGAGGUUGGGUAUGGGGUAACGCACAAAGGAGGUAAACAGAGUGCUGAAUGUGUUCGCAAGCUUGCUCCAGGAUCAAUUCCAGCUGAAGAGAUUUACCCAGAAAUUUUAAAUGGAACUGUUUAUCGUACCUUACGUUGUUUCAACCCAGAACAAGAAGAGUAUUCUGGUCUGAUUGCUUUGAAUAAUGCAGAUGAAGAUGGUGAUAUCAAUGUUGGACAGCCCACCUUGUAUCCUUUUGGAAUAACCAGCCUUUAUGACAAACAUGACAUGCUUCAGAAAGGAGAUGUGGUACAGUUCCAGAUCGGAAUUGCAAAGGCUACUGAGCAAGAGCAAGCAAUGAAUAUAAAAGCUGUUCGAACACGCCAUCAGUCGAUCGUGGAAGCUAUUAGAGGAAGUUUUGGGUUUCUAGCACAUGAGGUAGAUGGAAAGAAACUCUUCUUCCACAUGAGUGAAGUGAGGGAUGGCAUGACUCUGCAGACAGGGGAUAAAGUGGAUUUUGUUGUAGUCCAUAACCAGCGCACAGGAAGAUCUUCAGCCUGCAAUGUGGUGAAAACUUGUGACAGCCUUCCAAGUCAAAGGCCAGAACGUCUGAUAAGUCGGCUGCGAAUUAUAUCUGACGAAGGCAUUGGGCCACGUGUCAUUGUUGUCAGGCAGCCAAAAGGUCCCGAUGGAACCACUGGAUUUAAAACUUUUCAUCAGACAGCACAGGACCAAUCAACAGUUGCUACCUCAAAAAGCUUGGAACUCUCUAUCAGCAAGAUUAACAGUCCCCCUAAAAUUAUAAAUACUGUGGUGGAAAUCAUGCCAAAUGUCAUAAAUGGUUUAAAUUGUAAUGGUACAACUGAGUUAGGUGAUAUUGGCAUGACUGCUGUCAACAUAUUAACUUGACAAUUACAGCAUGAAUGAGAGUGACUGCAGUCAUACUGACUGCAGUUGUUUAGUUCCACUUGAUUAAUUGAAGUAUCUUUUUCUAAAGGCAAGCUUUCUUUGUCUUCAGAAAUUAUUUGUUUAAAGGAGUAAUGAAUCUGCAAUAAAAGUAAAGUUUGGCAUUAUAUAACCAGGGUAUUCUAACUUUAUAAAGUUUAUUUUCAACAGAAAGGAAACUACGAUAAGAAUAAUCAUGAUAUUUUAAAGUUGGAGUUUCAGUAGGCUUCUCAUUUUUGUCUUGUAUUUUAUAACUGCAGUACAGCAUAAUUUCAUUUCAGUAAUGUUUAAAGACAUCUUAUUAGCCCACAAGCCGUUUUGUUUUAUUCAAAUCUUAAAAAAAUGUCGUCAGUUGAAACUUUUGGUAAAACCUGUUUAAAAAAUGUCUGUAUUAGAAAAAAAAUAAUUUUUGGUAAUCUUUUUUCUAUUAUUAUUAUUAUUAAUCCUGAAGUUUAUUUUGAUUAAUCUCAAAGAUGUGAAGCAAAAUAUGAAACAAUUUCAUCCGUCAAUAAACAUCAGCUUUGCUUAAAUUUAGGGCUUCCUGAAAAAAUCACUGAUAUUUUGUUGUUACCUCUUCAAAGAACUUAAGUUUUCUCGAUGUACUAUCUGAAUACCUGUGAUAUUACUUUUGUAUGAUGUUCUUCCAUAUAAUGCUGUAUUAAAAGCAGAGAGUUUCAUUUAUAUAGAUUAUCAAUACAGCCUAUUUUAUCUAGACAAAUGUUUAAAAAUUUUGAUUAACCCUUUGCUGUAUGGUUAUGUAUGUAUGUAUGGAAUGUGUAAAACAAAAUAACUUGGGAAUAUCUACAUUGAAAUGUCAGUUAUGCGUUGGGCCUAAAACAUUGUUCAGAAUAAUAAAGUCAGGCUUCUCCAUUUUUGUAGAGUUAAUGUGUAUGCAUUGACAUUGAAGUAAUGAAAACAUCUUUAGAAACACCUAAAAAGUAAUUUUUUGCAUUUAACUCAGUUCUAAAAGAAUGUGUAAACCCUAUGCCCUUAAAAAAAUCAACCAGCUGUUUCAGUGUUCAAUAAUUAGUCCUUAUAAGUAAGUAGCUUUUUUACCUAUGCUUAUGAUAUAUACAUAGGCACUGGAGCUUUUUUUAAGUCAUUGAUCAAAGGAUGCUCCAGUGCUCAUUUGCAAAUAACUCCCUAUCUUCAACCUAUUUGAGCCUUUUUUCCUGGGCUUUUACUAUAUAUAUAAAGGCACCCUAUACAUUUAUGUUUAUAAUCAGUUUCAAAGUAACCAAAUUGUUCACAGGUUGUUUCUUUUUAUGUAUGUUUCUAUUGUAAGUUCGUGGUCAGUAUUUUCCUUAUCAUUAUUCUCUUUACACUUUCAGUAGUGUUGUGGUUGAUUCCUUACAAGUAUACAAGAAAAUAUUUAGUCAGUGCGUGUGUGUGUGAAACAUUUAAUACUUUGUUGAUCCUUUUCUCUUGUAUGACUUACACUGCAGAAGAAGAAUAUAUUAAGUAUUUUACUGUUGUUUUUUUGUGUGUGUGUGUGUGUGAUGCUUUCUUCACUUUUCGACUGAAUUAUCAUUUUUUACAGCAUUCCCAACCAAAACUAACAUGUAAAAACGUAUAUUAACAUUUAAUUCUAAACUAAUGUUGUAUAAAUCUCAUUCCAAGUGUAAAAGAAAAUAUAAUUAUAACUUUGUUAUAGACCAAAAGUUGAAUGUGAAGUUUUAAUUUCUGAUAAAAUGUAAACAUUGUAGUAAAAGGACUUAUAAAUAUGAAGGGUAAUCAUUCUGACGAUAUAUGUUUAACUUAAAUAGCAUAUGACAUUCAAAACAGACUGAUACCUAUAUAUAACUUUCUACAUUUAUGAUUACGUUUUCAUUGCUGAGCCCUAAAUGGUAAUUAGUUGCUAAAAUGUGACUAAAAAUAACAUCAAUUGCUUUGGAAAGUGUUUGUUAGAAGAACAAAGUUGGAACAGUGUAUUUACGUAAGUUUUCUGGCUUGAUUUCAUUCACAUUGCCAUAAUAGAGGCUUGUUAGUUAGCAUUGUUUUGAAUAUUAAAACAUAAUUUGAUACUGACCUAGUCAUUUUGAAUCAUACGUUGUACUUUAAAAACGAUCUGACUUGCGAAUAAGAAACCAGGGAUAAUAUUCUUACAGUUCAAGUAAAAAAUUACACAUUAUAUCUUAACCAGUCUUCUAAGCAGCAAAGGUUUCGGCGAUCUUACUAAUGGUUUUACUGCAAAGAAUUAUUGCUAUGAAGUUUUAUUGAAAGAAAUGUUUUAGUGUUUACGAAAUAAAAAGCAUUUUUCUUAAACUGUCGGAGUGUCAUUUUAGCUCAUAAAAGUGGAUUGAUUUUUGGAAAUAAUGCUCAUUUGAUGGAUGCAAGUAUUUUGAAGAGGUAAUAAACUGGAAAAUAAACUUGCAUUGAAA